GAAGAAGUAGCUGCGCACCCUGACAUGCGCAGUAGCUUUAACAUAGAAUUAAACAUGGCGGCGGUGGCUGAGAAGUCCACGAAAGAGCGGUUGAUAUCUGUGUUAGAUGAUUUGGAGGUUUUAUCCCGGGAGCUGAUAGAGAUGUUGGCUCUGUCCAGAAGCCAGAAACUACCCCAACAAGGAGAGGACUCACAGAUCCUGGAGCUGCUUGUGCAGAGGGACAAGGAGUUCCAGGAACUGAUGGAGGUGGCCCAGCAGCAGGGGAAGGUUCAUCAGGAGAUGCAGCUGCUGGAGAAGGAGGUGGAGAAGAGAGACAGUGACAUUCAGCAGCUCCAAAAACAGCUGAAGGAGGCGGAACACAUCUUGGCCACUGCUGUUUACCAAGCAAAAGAGAAACUCAAAUCCAUUGACAAAGCCAGAAAAGGAAGCAUCUCAUCAGAGGAAAUCAUAAAGUACGCUCACAGAAUCAGUGCCAGUAACGCCGUGUGUGCCCCGCUCAACUGGGUGCCAGGUGAUCCACGCAGACCUUAUCCUACUGACCUGGAAAUGCGCAGUGGGAUGCUCGGCCACAUGGCUAACUUGCCAACCAAUGGGGUGAACGGGCAUCUGCCCGGUGACGCGCUGGCUGCUGGAAGGUUACCAGACAUCCUGACGCCCCACUAUCCCUGGCAGUCAUCAGAUGUCUCGGUGGGGAUGCUGCCUCCUCACCAUGGCAACGACUUUAGCCUGGAGCCCCCUGGUCACAACAAGGAGAAUGAAGAUGAUGUGGAGGUCAUGUCGACUGAUUCUUCCAGUAGCAGCAGCGACUCAGACUGAAAGAUGAGAGGCCUAACUGUGUGUGUGUGUUUGUGUGUGUGUGUGUGUGUGUGUGUGUGUGUGUGUGUGUGUGUGUGUGUGUCUGUUUAAAAGGUCACUGCAGAGCAACAUCUGAACACACAUCUUUACCUUUGACCAUGGUAACUUAACAUGAGACCUUCUACUCAAAUCCUUGUGUACAUUUAUGAAGAGAAUUGGUCUGUUUUGUUGAAGAUCUUGAGUCGGCUCAGACAUGUUGACGCCUGUUGUGCUGAGACGAUUUCCUCCCUGCUUAUCAGUAAUGCAAGAGAAUGAGUGAGUAUUUUGGAUGUUAUCAUCCUGAUAAUAGAAGGUCUCCUGUGCAUGAACAAAGAAAUCAGGCUCUGCAUCCCUUUAUACAACCAGGACUCCUGUUGACAGCUUCUCUAAACUCAAACUCAAAAUUUUUCAGAGUUUCUAGAAUCAGCAUUGGGAAAAGAAAAGUGAAACCUUACAAGCUCAUCAUAACGUGAUUGUAACUGGGGCAUUUAUAACCAUGUAAGCACAUUUGAAAACCUUUGGCUAUUACUGAGCUAUUAAAUUUAAAUUUACCAUUCUGAGCCAUUAAAUGGUAGCUUUUAGUUUUCUUUCUGGACUCUUGAAAAGAAUCCGCUUUCAGCCUCAUCGCCCCUGCUAUAUUUGUCUGCCAAAACAACAUUAGCUUCAUGAUUCAGUUCUCUGAAUCUCAUUCAGAUCAAUGUUGUUUUAGUUCAUUCACCUGUGAUACAGCGUGGUGUUGCAGGGUUGUCACUGUCAUUCUCAAAUCAGUCUUAAAUAUGAAGCAAAUAAGCAAGAAACUCAAUUUAUCAAUGUGUUGGCAACAAUUUAAAUCAAUAAUCUGUGUUUUCAUAAGGUUGAUAUUGUCUGAUAAUUUAUGUCAAAAUCCAUCAUAUCCCUCGGAGAACCUACAGAUCAGAUCUCUGCUCUUCAGUGACCCAUGUUUGAAUCAGUGUCUGAUUUAAUGAGUCAUAAAACUAGCAUUUAUAGUCUAGUGUCAGUAGCUGUGUAACCGAGUUGGUCAAAAACUGUAAAUAAGUUUGUAUAUACUUUGUAAAUAAACACUUUUGAAUUGA